AUCCUGUUCCUGGGCCCCCUCAUCCAGCUCUCCAUGGACUGUCCCUGGCGCUGGCUCGACGGCAUCAGGGGGGCCCUGGACCCCCGUCUGUGGGCGCUGUGCCUGGGGGACGUGCGCUGGCUGCGGAACCAGGUGGUGGCCCCGCUGACGGAGGAGUUGGUGUUCAGGGCCUGCAUGCUGCCCAUGCUGGUGCCCUGCACCGGCCCCGGCCCCGCCGUCAUCGCCUGCCCCCUGUUCUUCGGGGUCGCCCAUUUCCACCACGUGAUUGAGGCAGUGUUCCGCCACGGCUCCGCCGGCAGCAUCUUUAUGGCAGCGGCGUUCCAGUUCUCCUACACGGCCGUGUUUGGGGCCUACACGGCCUUUCUGUUCCUCAGGACAGGUCACCUGGCGGGGCCGGUGCUGUGCCACUCGUUCUGUAACUCCAUGGGGUUCCCGGCCCUGGGGGCCGCCCUGGGGCACCCCCGGCGCCGGGCGCUGCUCCCCGCGUACCUGCUGGGGGUCCUGGGCUUCCUCGUGCUGCUGCACCCCCUCACCGAGCCCGCCUUCUUCGGGGCCGCCUCCCUGCCGCGACCCCCUCCUGCUCCUGACACGGGCAGGGGCGCCUGCCCCUCCCCCUCCCACCCCCUUUUUAUAGGAGCCGCCGCAAAGAGUCUAUUUUUGUGA